AUGCCUUACUACCUGCCUUUGUCAUGCUAAUGAGAAAAUUAAUUUUUUACACUAAAAUACAUUUAAUAAUUUUCAGAACAUUGUAUACUUCAAUUCGAUUUCAAAUUUUAAUUAACUGACUUUUUUCAUGUCAAAACCCCGCAUCGAUCAUCAAGUUGCCGCCGUCAAUGCAGUCACCUACAAGUAGAAUGUCAACGUUUACUCGUUGCUAUUGAAAUGCAACAACAGCAAAAUGCAACGUCACUCAACAAGUAUAAAAAUGUGACUAAGGUCUCGGUGAAGUUGAACGACUUUUUCGUCUAGCAUAAAAUGUUGCAACAACAUACACCAACCCUCCGCCACCAUGCAACGCUCAACGCAGCGGGAACAAUUGCAGCGAGUAAACAGCAACAAGCAUUCCGGCCACAGUAGAUGAGCGAAACUUGCUGUCUUUUCUCACUCAUCGAUUUUAAGUUAGUCCUUCUACAGCCCACUCAUUCCAACUAUGCCCGGCUUAGUUGCUCUCCCGAAAUAGCAAAUGAUGAGCGCCUACUGGCGACUACUAACUCACUAAAUCGGGAACUAGCGAGCUGAUGAUGUUCUCCGCAUACCAAUCUGUAUACAUAUUUACGCACAGUCAGACAUACAUACAUAAGUAAAUGAACUAACAACAACUCCGUAUCUGUUUGAAUUUGGAAGCUACUAGUAAUCUGUUUCGUUGUUUGUGCGCUCGUUGUGCUUGCGACGAGUUUCCACCAAGCAUGUUCUCUUGCCAACUGCUCUUCCACAUGCGCCUCACACAGUGAGCUUGCCAAACGUCAAGCGCUUAACGUAUAAAUGCCUGCGUUGCGGCGCGAGAGACCGCAUUUCUAAACGAGUCUACAGACGUGUCGAACCAGAAAGUGCUGUGUACUUCACGCCCCCAGAAAAGAAAAAAUAUUUUUGAUGUGUUUUUUGUUUAUAAAAAACUGAAUUAAACAAAUAUUGCAUGUCUAUUGCAGAGAAAAGUGGUGAAAAGUAAAAUCAUUGAAUCGGAAAAGCGACUUUUAACAAACUCACAACGGAAGCGCACACGGCAUAUGUAUUUGUGUGUCUCUAUUCAAACUGUAAAGCGCAAAGUGCAAUUCCGCGAUACGAAAAAAGUUUAAUUUACAAAAACAACUUCAAAAUAAAAUCAAUACAAAUUUAGUUGAAGACUUUUGAAAUAUCGAAAUAGCGAAACCGUUAAGCGGCACGAACAAGCGACGUCUUACCUAACAACAACGCACAAUUUCAGCAUAUUUACGUCACUUUUUUGUUAUUUUUGGAACGCUUGGUGUGUUUUUUUCACACAAUUUUCUACAUAACUUGUCUAGCGUGUCUGCAGCGUCUUCGCUGAGUCGUCUUCGCUACAGUUAAAAGAGCAGAAAUCGAUUUGAGUUCGUCGCGUUGAGGAGGAGUGAAGCUAAGCAUAUAUAAAUAAAAGAAACCCGUAGAAAGUGUUUCGCAAGACGGAACUAGGCGCAUAGAGAGGCCAAUCGACAGCCAGACAAGUCGCGCGCAGAGGUCAAACCUUGCGCUUUUCAAUCGUUAUACAUUGAAUUCACGUCGCUGCAGUCAUCCGGUUGAACGCGUGUGCGUUCAUAGGUGUACAUAUUACAAGUAGAUACGCGCCGGAUAUAACGCUUCAAGCCAUUGUGCAAGCGCACCACAAAACAGCUAAGCCGAGUGGCAAAGAGCCAGCAAACGCCAGCGUAGCGCAGCAAAUCGAGCGUACGAACGAGCGCGCACAGGCCGAUGAAAAAGAAAGUCAGUCGCGCAUUGCAGUGAAAUUAUGUGAAUGCGGGCGCAAAGCGGAAAAUAAUAAAAUAGAAUUGGAAAUAAACAAAAAUUUUAAUAAAAAAACUAAUUUAAAAUUAUAAAAAUAAAUUAAAAGUAAAAACAUAAAAACUCAAAAUAGCGCUUUGUCGCAUCUGCUUUUCGCUGUUAUACAACAGAAGUGUUUUUUUUUUUAACGCCUUCUUUUUUUUUGAAAGUCGCGCUUUUUGACAUUAUUUAUCGGCGCCGAACGCGAAAAACACGCAAAUAAAUUAAAUAAAAAACCUACUCGCAUACUUAAAGGCAACCAGCAUAGCGACAAGAAAACAACAAUGAGGAACCUUAACAACAACAACAACAACAACCGCGCUGCAGCGAAAGUAAUUGCAACAUGCCUCAUCUUUAGCGUUUCCAUGCAAAUGUGUUGCGGCUCAGCGAUACCGAUUUGGGAAUUUUUGACGCGCAAUGAAAAGAUGUCGUACCUCUACUCGACGUUCGGUCAAUUGGUCAGCGUGCACUGUAAAGCCACCGCCGCCAGCACGGCGAUGCCAGUGAACGAGUGCAAGCGCGACUUGCUCGCCUAUGGCUAUGAGAAACUACAAACGUUCACCGACUCGCAGUUGGAUCUGCUGGAUCCCUAUCAACGGGCUGCCAAUGAACUUAUUUGGUCUUCCAUUAUGCGCAAUCAUCAAAGCUCAACAUUGAUUACUACACGCAAACCCUUGCCAACACCACCCGAUUCUUCACUUAUCAUACUCACGCAUCAAAAGCCAGCCAAUACAGCCGGCACGACCAACACACACAGUCAAAAUCCACUCUUCGACGGUGAAGCCGACAAUAAACACAAAUUCGCAAUGGAUAUGGAUAUUACCUAUGGCUAUGCCAACGGGCAGACAGAUAAUCAAAAGUCCUCCACAGAGACCUUCCUCAGUGGACCGCUAGUGUUCCGUGUACGUCCCGAUGGCAGCCCAGUCGAGGAGGAUCAACAUAAACCGCUGCCACGCGAUGAUGACUUAGAAGCCUAUCAAUUAACUGGCACUACGGCUGGUAAUGGCGCCACUGCAGCAGCCAUCAGCGCCGCUCAGGCAACACCAGUUAUAGGAGAACAGCCGAAACAUCGCAAAAUCGCCAUGAUCAGUGAUCUUAAGCAGCAGCAUUUGGCCUCGCUGGCAUUGCAACGCGAUUUACAACCGCCAUAUGAACCAGCACGUUUACGCCGUCAACAAGAACAAAGCGCAGCUACAGCUGGGCGUACAAUCCCACUGACACAAUCAUUCCACGCUUUGCCCUUUGCUGGCUAUUACUACGCCAAGGGUCAGGCGUAAAAUUGCAUUGAACGCAGAGCGAAAGUGAGUGCAUAGCGGACACUCGAAUAUGCGAAAAUAGAAGAAAAGUAGCUUAGAGAAUUGUCAUUAAGCUUAUUUUGUUUUGGAAUUCAGGCAAAUUUUUAUCAACCUCUGACACAAUUUACAAUAUAUAAAAUUGCUGCCUAGAAUUCAAAUCAUAUUAAAUGAAUUAUGUUAUACCAUAUUCUUUGGAAAAAUAGUUUUCUAAAAUCAUCAUUUAUCAUUCAUAAAUUACAUAAUUUUACUACAAUGAAUAUAAUUUAAAGUAUAGUUAGUAAAAUUAUUGGUGUGCAUGAGCUUGUGUCUGUAUUUUUUUAUACAUGUAUGUGUGUGAAUACUUGUAAGUUAUUUGUAAAUUAAAUUCUUUAAAUUUGUUUGAAAAUUUAACAUUAAGACAAAAAUCUUAUUUUAUAAAUUUAUACUGCUACUUGUGGCACUCUAUUGAAUUUGUAUAUCUAUAUAUUAUAACGAUCGAUUAUUUAUUGUAUAGUACGUACUUGUAAAAUGUUUAGGUUACCUUUACUGUACAAUAAAGGAAUUCUUUAUAUAUAAAAAUAAUAAUUUGGCUUUGCGUAAUUAAAUUGUGGGUUUUUAACUAAAAGAGAAAACGCUGUUGGCACUAAAAUAGUAUCCAAAAAUUAUAACAUAAAAAAGAUUAUUGAAGAUCGUUUAAAUAACUGAAGCGGA